UUGACGCAUGCGUGUUGGCGAGCGUACUGGUCAGUCUGAGAAGCAGCUGUUCAGCGCUGGUGAAAUUCCAACAUGGCAGUGGCUGUGGUCAGUGUCUACUGCGUUAACUUGGGAUGGUUUCAGCUCACACGCAUCCCGGCUUAACCUCGGCACCUCGCUCAUCAGCAGGACCCCUCCCAGGGAUCGAUGCGACCAUAACACUCCCCCCCCACACGCUUUCUCACACAUACACACACGCACACACGUGAGAGGUCGACCUGUCACUGGAGAGCAGAGAGAGAGAGAGAAAAAAAAGCACGACAUGAUCAGCAGCAGCAGCGUCUAUGGCGUAAAGAUGCAGUGGACCCCCGAGCACAGCCAGUGGGCCGAACAGCAUUUCGACAUUUCGUCCACCACGCGCUCGCCAGCCCACAAGGCUGAGGCAUACAGGGCAGUACCUGGCCACCUGCAGCGCUCGGCCACCUACCAAUAUGCCUGGGCCAAUGACGACAUCUCGGCACUCACUGCCUCCAACCUGCUCAAGAAGUAUGCUGAGAAGUACUCUGGUAUUCUGGACAUGCCGGGCUCAUAUUCGGAGACGCCUGGUGUCCCAGGAGUGAUGAAUGGACGGAAAGGUGAAUCUGAGCCUUGGCAGGAUGGUGUCUACCCCAUGAGCUGCAUCCCAGAGGGCAUUUCCGUCAGGAAAGGGGGGGUUGCGGCAGCUUCAGAGGUGGUGUCUGGCAUGUGCAGCUCUCCGGGCCUGGCUUCCAGCACCCUGAGUGAGCCCAGCUACUCCAGCAGUAGCUGUGGGAGCCACACAGCAACUGCCCUGCACUCUUCCUCCAUGCCCUCUCAGGAAUAUGGCCCAGCGUACAGCAGCUCGUACCUGCACAGCAGUUACAGCUCCCAGUCUACCCCCGCCCCGGCACUUCCAUCUCCACUGCACAGCUCUGGGCUACUGCAACCACCUCCUCCUCCACCCUCCCACCCCACUAUAGUCCCAGCUUACAAUGGAGGCUCCCCCAACUUGUCUAGUUAUAAUUACCCCCCAGCAGGCUACCCAGCUCAAAACUCAGUAGGGCCAGGAUAUAGCCCUGGAGGAGCCCCCCCUCCCUCCUCGUACCUUCCCUCAGGCAUUGCUGCACCUACACCCCUUGCUCCCUCUUCUGCUUUACCUGGAUACCCAUACCAGAGCCACAACCUGACCCCAAUUGCCCCAACCCCUCUCAACAGUAGCUCCUCCAACUCACUAAAGAGGAAAGCCUUCUACAUGACAGGUCAAGGAGAGAUAGACCCCUCUUAUGGUAACUUUGGCUACAGUCAGGCAAGGAGCUCAGCUGAGAGUCCCAUGUACAGGGUAGCAGAUAGCAGCAGUACAAACGGAGGCUCCAACAGUGCCAGUGGUGGUGGGUUUGACAGGAGUGCUGAGAAGUCAUCUUUAACUUUUAAUCCUCAGAAACAAUCCACCAUUGCAUCAGAGCAGCAGAGGAAGUACAGCAGCCAGGCAACUGGUGGGCCUCUGACUCCACCAGCCUACGUCUCCUCCACCCUGGGGGGUUCCCGCUCAGCAGACUCUAUUCCCAGCUUUACCACCCCCUCCCUCAGUGAGCAAGGUCCUGAAGACCACCGUCUCCACCUUUCUCACUCAGCACCUGGACCUACCUCCUCCUCAUCCACUUCCAACUCCCGGCCUGCUGAAGAACAACUAAAAACCAGUGAUCCUCACCUCCUGGACAUGGUUACCUCUGAAAUUGUACAGCAGGGGCCCCCAGUGGAUUGGAGUGACAUUGCAGGUCUAGAACUUGCCAAGGCUACCCUGAAGGAAGAGGUCCUGUGGCCCAUUCUGCGUCCAGACAUGUUCAGCAGUUUAGGACCAUCCCCGCGUUGUGUGUUGCUGUUUGGCCCCAGAGGCAGUGGCAGGACAUUGCUGGGACGUUGCCUGGCCAGUCAGCUGGGAGCACCAUUCCUACAGCUCAGCGGCUCAACACUGGCAACAAAGUGGCUGGUGGAUGGAGAAAAAAUCAUCCGAGCAUCAUUCCUAGUGGCACGGUGCCGGCAGCCCUCAGUACUGUUUAUUAGUGAAGUGGACAUGCUCUUGUCGGCCCACCUCAGUGAAGAGAGCCCUAUCAACCGACUUAAAGGUGAACUUCUUGCCCAGUUUGACUCCCUUCUUAUGGGCUCGGGCGAGGAUGGAGGCAACCAAGUAUUGGUGGUUUGCUCCACAAGCAGACCACAGGAUAUGGAUGAAGGACUGCGCAGGUACUUUUCCCGGAGGGUCCUGGUGCCUCUGCCGGAUAGCGCAGCUCGACACCAGAUCAUGAACCAGCUCUUGGCCCAAUCUCAGCACAAAUACUGUUUGAGCGAGGAGGAGCUGGCGCUGCUGGUCCAGCGUACAGAUGGUUUCUCAGGACUGGAUCUGGCCAGACUCUGCCAGGAGGCUCUUGUAGGCCUGUUACAUGUCUCUGCACAGGGCGUGGACAUGACUGGUAUGAUGCCCAGGGGACAAAUCAGGCCCCUCACCUACCAGGACAUUGAGAGUGUCUUUUGUAAAUUCCAAGCAAGUAUAUCGCAGAAAGAGAUUGACACUUAUACUGAGUGGAACAAAAUGUUUGGUUGCAGUCAGUGAAAAGAUAGAUCCCGCCCUUGAGAAAAAGAGGUUUCCACAAUUCCUCCCCUCAGGGCAGAAGCAUUGUGCUGAAGGGGAAAGGCACACAAAAGGCCAACACAAGCUCUCACAAGCAGGGUUUAGAUGCACCAAGAGAGUCGCUUUGAUCAGACAACUGACAAUUUUGCAGUUAAUGAACAAGAGUUUUAAUUUGAAUGCUCGACACUCCAGAAAGCCAGGGAUUGUUUACACGUUGCAAGCAAGUUGGCUUCAGACAGGACACCCCAGUGUCUGUGUAUAUAUUGUUAUGUUGUUGUUCUUGAGAUUUAGUUGGCUAUCCAAGUGCCUGAAGUGGUGCUUUCUGAGUUUAUUUGUUUAUUUGCCUCACAAUCUACAUUCAUGGCAUGAGCUGAUAAUUAUUAAGAGCUUUAAAAACUUCAGCGGCAUGUCUGAAAGACCCAGACUGACAGUCACCAUUGGGUGGUGGUCAAUCGACCUUUAUUGUCUUACUAAGAGCAGAAAUCCAUUUGGGCUGCAGUACCCUGGGCCCCUGACUCUCACCCAUGGUUCUGAUCCUGUGUCUGCAAAACAAGCAAACGUAACAAACCAACAACCAACACUCAGGAAAGCGUUUGUGAAUUGUACAGUACCUCAAGACAUCUUCACGAAAAGCACUAAGACCUGAGAGGAGAAUCUGGCAGUGUUAGGUGUACCUCAAAAGACUAGGCUAAAUAGCAAAGAGGUGGCAAUGAAUGUACUAAAUGUGUUCUGGAUUCGUGGAACAUAUUCUAUAGUGAGAGUAAAAAGAUUUUGUCCUUUCCCCCCCCUCACUGCAGGUGCUUUAGUUACCUGUUUCUACUUGACCAAUCCUUAUGAGCUUAUUCCCAUUGCUGUUUCAAAAUAUAAAACUGUGUUGUUUUGGGGUUUUAAAAGAUGGGCAGGUGUUGGGGUGGUGGGAGUUGUACAUUAAUUAAAACAACCAUAAUCAACAUUGUCUAUAAUACAUGAUCUAGGCUAUAUGGUUUAGCUGCAUGGAACCGCAUCAGUUAUCAGCUAACUCCUGCGCAAAAUAUUCAUCAUACAUUAAGCGAGGUAUUCUCUGAUCUUGAUGAACUUAAAUGGAAGGAAUCAUUCUAAUAUAAAUAUACUUAUUUGCUUUUUUAACUGAGAGAUCAGGCUAGUACCAACAGCUGUUUACGUUAGCUUGGCAUAAAAUAUGUUAGCCUGUUAGACUGCAGCAUGUUAAAGUUAACCAGUUAACUUUUUAAACACUUAACAGUGUUUUUGCAGGGAUUUUGCAAUGCUAAGCUAACGGGCAAAUGUUUGUAGACUUGGCUAUCUUUCAUAAAGAGAACAAAUAACUGUAUUUCUCCAAAAUAUCAGUGAUAUCAAAGAAAAAAUACUGUCUUUUUGUGUGGGUAUUACAUUAUUGUUUGACUUGGUCUUGCAUGGUUUUGAGGAAAGCAUGUUUGUCAGUCAGCAUCAAGAAAGCGAGGCUUGGAUAUUGCCCUUACCAAGUCCAACUGAAAUCAUAUUUAGUUAUUUUUUGCAAUAUUAACAAAUGUCAUAUAUAAAUAUGCUUUUAAAUUAACUUUUAACUUUGAUAUCAUUAAAAGAACAGAACGUGCUCAUACAACCAUAAACACCAAUCAGACAUUGUAACAAUAUGCUGUGACUAAAAUAGGAGCACUAUGAAAACAUGGGUCAUAUCAUACCUGUAUAGGUGCAACAUUUUACAAAAAUUGCAUUAUUGCUUUAUUUGCUAUAUUUUAUUGAGGUCUUUAACAAUCACUGGUGUUUAUUUUGAAAUAAAAAAUGAAAAUUAAUAGUAAGUCUAUUUUUCAUUGUGAAAAUGAAAUUAAAUAAGAAGUGAAAUAUAAGAACAUGGUUACAGUUUUUGCAAUGUUACCGACUUUGACGUUUUUUGGGGACAGACAACAAAAAAAUCUAAUUUGAGAGAUAGUUGUGCUGUAGAAGAUGACACAAUGAUUUCAUUUGGACUUUGGUAUCAUAGAUACGUUUGUAGGAAUUUCCCCUUGUUAAACACUGGCUCAGUUUCCAAGACACAGAUGACGCUUAGCUAUAGACAAAAACAAAUUCUUCAUCUUCAUUGAUUUAAAAAAAAAAGUUAGUUUUUUAGGCUUAAUUCACAUCUAGGGAAACUAGCUUACCAUGUUUAGCUGUAUUUGAACUCGAUUAGCUUCUGAAUGAGAUGCCACUCAUGUAAAUUACAUAUGUGGAAAGUAGAAAUUUAAAGAAAUUAAUUCGGUUGCACGGCAGUUGUCAUAACCAUAAUACGGUCAGCCAGGAGGUAUAUGCAGUUGGAAUAUAUAUGUUUUAUUCUGUUUUUUUUUUUUUAAUCUAAGAUGACCACCCCAGAAAAACAAAUCAAUUCUAAACAAUGUCAGCGCUUUUUUUUCCUGUAUCUGUAUUGUCUUUCUUUUUGAAAGUUACUAAGAUGGUAUGAAGCGCAUGAUCUACAUACAUUUGAGUUCCUACUGUUUAACAUGAGUGGGGAAUUUUGGCAGUAGUUUUGAAGACCUACAUCACUGAACAAUAUCUGUUUCCCUUUGUAUCAUGUUGGAAUGUAUUUUUGUCUCUUCCUCGCCACCGUUUAAGGAGCUGUUGUGGCAUGGGACUACUUAAGUCUAUUGCACGUGCACUAAAGCGUUUUGUGUGUAAUCUGGGGGGGGUUUGUUGAAAUUUCUCAAUGGCAUUGACAGCACUUAUUUAGUUGGUGUUUUAUUUAUCUAAACCGCUGAUCAGUCUUACCCUUUUUAUCGUACCUCCUGAUUUUUCUACAAGAAAAAUAUCCCAAAGGUACGAGCUGCUUGUUGUGUAUGCCUUGUGUCGCUAUCUCGUAGGCACCAUCAGUUCAGCACCUGGAGUGGGGUGGGGGUGGGGAGUUCUGCUGAGCAUCAGCAAACUGAUGGAAAAGAGAGACAGACAGGCAGCGUGGCAGCAGCAGCGGCACAAGGGGGGAAAGCAGAGUGGUCCGUCAGAAAACCACCCUCAAAACAAUCUGUACCAGAAUUCCUUCUGUCAGCAAAUCCUCUGGAGAGAGAGUCCCUUUGGACAGAAAAACCUACUAAUGCACUUCACAGCACACAACAGUAGCACAGGCCUUUCCUCCUCUCUCUCUCUAUCCCUCGCCAUUCUCCACAAGCCGACCGACAAACCACUUGAAACACACUGGUCAAUGCUACGCUUUGUUUGUUGCGUGUUUAGCGGGUCCUCUUUUCAUGUCUUUUUCUCCAUGAUGUGCUGAUCUUUUCCCCUUUUUUUCCUUUCUUUAAAUAGAGUUCUUCUUUAAAGCAUUUCUACCUCAUGGCUACAAAACACACGUGGUAUUUGAUUUAGGUCUUUUACAAAUGUCAGACAUUUGUGGAAAAUGUAUUUUAAAAAAAGACAAAAAAAGGAGGAAAGAAUAACACCAUAAAGUUUUGCGCAGUCUACCUCAGAUGACUGUACUUAAAAACAUUUAGCUGAUGGUGCGACCGGAGGCUGCAGCAUAGCCUAGUGUGCGUGUGCGCGUUUGUGUGUGUUACCACGUGUCCUCUCCGAGACAGACACACACUCAUGAUGAAACUGAUGUGAAAACACGCAAGCGAUUCGUAAAGGGGGCGGGGGAACGGUUGGGGGUCAACCUAAACGUGACCUGGAAAUGUAUAAUCCAAUACAUUUGCUUUAAUCUUCUGUGAAGUACUGUGGUUGUGCGCGUGUGAAUGUGUAUAUACAUGGGCACACUCUUUUUAUUUAAUUUUUCUUUUGAUUUAGUGUGUUAAAUUUUAUAAAUUGUUAGUAUAUAUAACACACUUGCACAACUUUAAAACAGAGUGUAAUGUGUUUCUGUUGUACAUAUCUAUACAUACAAUACAAAUGCACCACUUGUUUAUAUGUGUGAAUAUGUUGCCAUACUUGCAGUCAACUUAAAUGUAUUUUCAUGUAAUCUGAGAUACAAGCAGCAACAAACAAUUCAUUAAAGACAUUUUCUU